UGGUGUAUACCUCAUUGGCUAUCAACAAAACAACAUCGAUGGAUCGAGUACCGAAAUUAUGAACGUUUGUUCCGGUCAAGUGAGUGAUUAUUACUCUUACAUACCGCCGGAAGUGGACACUGACCCGCUAUGCUGUUGUGAGUACUACGAUCGGAUCAAUGAGCGGAAUCACAUUUUAGCUUGCUGCUGCAACUGCGCGGAUGUUGACGAAUCUUUUGACAGGUUUGUUUCUGGUCGACCGAUCCCGGUGGAAAAGCAGCGUGGCAUGCUGCUGACCUUCCAGGACCGCCUCCGUAUACCCUGGCGGGGCGGUGCCAAGCAGAUAACGGUGGACAAUGUUCUGCCGGUUAUUCUGCUGGUUAGUCUGCAGCUAUUGUCUGCCCUGGAUUUCUACUGCAGUCUAGUCAUUUUCACGAUCACCCCGCUGUUACUGGCCUAUUUGAAGAGAUUCCUGGGACGCGUUCUACCGAAGACAAAAUUCUUCUGUCUAUGGUUUUUCUGGAGUGGUGUUUAUCUGGUGGUACUGUUCGAGUCCACCGUGCCACUGUUGGAACUACUUCCAGAGGAAAACGUGGCAUUUGUGCUGCUAAUGUCUUUGUCGUUCUUCUGCUUCUACAAAACGAAUCAACGAGCGGCUCUGAAUCACAUCAAUCAGCCCCAGUUCGACCCAUUGGCUAAGGGAGAUUCACAGACGGCAAUUCUGAUCUCCGACCGGGAAGAUUCUGACGAAAAUGAUGGACGAUUGGCCUGUCAAACCUGUCGCAAGUAUGUCCCACCACGGACCUAUCACUGCAAGAUCUGCGCUACGUGUGUCAUCAAACAAGACCACCACAGUGUAUGGGUAAACUGCUGUGUGGGGCGUGCCAACCAUAGGUUUUUCCUGGCCGGAUCUAUCUGUUCGCUGUUGGCAUUGUGGUUGUUCGCGAACCUUUCGUUGACAUCCGUAUGCCAUCCGACACCGAUUUUUACCCUGCUCGGAGUGACCGUUAUGCUGCCGGAUGACUGCACCGACAUAUUCUUUCAGUAUGACAUUGCUCUUUGCUUCACUGGCGCCAUCUAUGCCCUCUUGAUGUCUCUAUUUAUUCUGAUCUCGCUUCUGAAACAGACCUGUUUGAUCUCCCGUGGCCUCACCGGAAGCGAAUGUCAGCGAGGCGAGCAUAUCAAUCGGCGAAAUUGUUUCGUCAACUGGAAAAUGUUCUGCAUGGGACAAUAAACCCACUACUUACUACUUAUUAUUAACGAUAUCAUCUUUAUGGUUAUGACCAUACUCUAUAUUAUCAGUAAUGCAUAGGUACGUAUUUUUAACCAGUUUUAAGAUAAUACAAUGCCACGAUACCAUCUCUAGCAACAGCAGAGAAAAAAAAUCUCGCCUUCGAAUUGGUCACCUUUUGAAGGUUAACGAUAAAGAAAAGAAUUGAUUUACUUAUUUCAUGUUUUCCUGCUCCGCGAUUGAUAUGUAUAAAUAUAUAAUCGAAAGGUAAUUUAUCCGUAAGGUAAUGUCGGUAAUAUUAAAGUGCAAUUAGCUUGUAAGUAGUAACUUUUAAAAUAAUUUCUUUGCUCUUUAAACCAAACAACAAAACAUACAUAUAUAUAUUUACUCGCAAUUGAAAUAUCACGAAUUCACCAAAAAUCCAAUGAUAGACAACACUCCUGAUUUUAGAGAGGGGAGAAACUUAAGUCAAAUAAUGUAAGUAAAAGGCGCCAAGUAGACUGAUAAAGAUUAGCGAAGAAACGGCUCCGCAGUUUUUUUAUAGUUUAACACUCGUGUCUAUACCAUAAAUUACCAAAUUGCGCCUAACCUACUAAAUAUUUAAAAUAUAUUCAAAAUAAUAUGUAGCACAAAUUAAUCUUGAUUCCAUUGGUGCUCAUUUAGAAAUGAACAUGAUUGUUCGUUUCGGUUCACCUCAAUACUAUAUAUUCGCUCUAGUUACGUACUAAUUUGUUUAUUUCACAUGCUCACGAAUCUCCGUAUCUCAUGCGUAUGACUCAUUGAAUUAAAAAUACUAAAAUAAUCGAACAAUUCAUUGAUCGUGUUUAAAUAGCCUGAGGCUAAUAAAAACUCACGAAAAUCAAAACAAACACAUCAACAACAUACCAGAAAGUUUGCAGUGUUAUGAUCAAAGUCAACAUUAAAGAUAAAGUAAUUUAAGUGCUCACUACCAA